CUCGCCCUGCUUCACUCGCACCACCACUCGAGCUGAGCUCAGAGCUAGCUACUAGCCUUCGCGCGCCAUGGCGAAGAACCACCGCAUUGUGGCCCUCCUGCUCGUCGCGGCGACGCUGGUCGCGCAGGCCGCGGCCUGCCCGUCCUGCCCGACGCCGAAGCCGCCACCGCCGCCGCCGACGCCCGUGCCGUGCCCGCCGCCGCCGUCGUCGACGCCGCCGACGCCGUCGACGCCGACGGGCAAGUGCCCCCUGAACACGCUGAAGCUGCUGGCGUGCGUGGACGCGCUCAACGGGCUCGUGCACGCCGUGGUCGGCGCCAAGGCCAGCGAGAAGUGCUGCCCGCUGCUGUCCGGCGUGGCCGACCUCGACGCCGCGCUCUGCCUCUGCACCACCAUCAAGGCCAAGGUGCUCAACGUCAACCUCGUGCUCCCCAUCGCCAUCGAGGUGCUCGUCAACGAGUGCCACAAGAACGUGCCCGCCAGCUUCCAGUGCCCGUGAUCAAGCUCACUGUUAAUCACUACUGCCGCGUAUAUAUGUGUCAUCAAUUAUAAUAUACAUCAGCAUGCAUGCAUCCAUGCAUGGGUUAAUUAAGGUUAUAUAACUAUAGUGUUCCAUAUCAGAGAUACAUAUAGCUUAAGCAUAGCUUUAUACAUGAGCUCUUUGGCUUGUGAUAAGUAUGGAGCUGCGUAUAUGCAUUUAUUUUGUAAUUUUGUACCAAUACAAUAUCAUGAACCAGAUAUAUGUAUGAAUAAAGUGUGCGUCAUAUAUAUGAAGUUGACAAAAAUCUGUCCCAUUUUCGUGCUAAACUAAAGAUGCCAUUUGUUUC